CCUGAUAUUGUAGUCGAUAACGAUUGCAGAGUUAGUACAGCGUUGCCUGCCAAUUUUGUGCAUUUCAAUUUGGCGAAAAUAAAAUUAAAUCUGUGAAAUACGGCAAAAUCCGCUAUCCUUUCAACUAAAUAACCAUGAGCGCCUUUCCAGGAACGUUCGCGUUCGACGAAUAUGGUCGGCCUUUCAUUAUUCUGCGAGAUCAGGAUCAGCAAAAGCGCAUCACAGGCACAGAUGCCAUUAAGACGCACAUUAUGGCGGCACGGCAGAUUGCCUCAACGUUGAAGACAUCGCUAGGACCCAAGGGUCUGGACAAGAUUAUGGUCAGUGCCGAUGGCGAUGUGACGGUGACUAACGAUGGCGCCACCAUCAUGAAACUGAUGGAGGUGGAGCAUGAGAUUGCCAAGCUGAUGGUGCAACUGUCGCAGUCGCAGGACGAUGAAAUUGGCGAUGGCACCACCGGCGUCGUUGUCCUCGCUGGCGCUCUGCUCGAGCAGGCGGAGGGUUUGAUCGAUCGCGGCAUUCAUCCCAUUCGCAUUGCUGAUGGCUUCGAGCUGGCCGCACAGUGUGCCAUUAAGCAGCUGGAUUCGAUUGCUCAACCGUUCCCCGUCGAUCCGAAGAACAAGGAGCCGUUGAUUCAGAUUGCUAUGACGACGCUGGGCAGUAAGAUUGUGAAUAAAUGCCAUCGUCAGAUGGCUGAAAUGGCCGUCGAUGCGGUGCUCAAUGUGGCCGACAUUGAGAAGAAAGAUGUAAACUUUGAGCUGAUCAAAAUUGAGACGAAAGUUGGCGGACGCAUGGAGGAUUCCAUGCUGGUUAAGGGCGUCAUUGUCGACAAGACCUUGAGUCACUCGCAAAUGCCCAAGGAGCUGAAAAAUGUAAAGCUGGCCAUUCUCACCUGCCCCUUCGAGCCACCGAAGCCAAAGACCAAGCAUAAGCUGGAUGUCACCUCGGCGGAGGAUUACCGUGCACUACGCGAAUACGAGCAGGAGAAAUUCACCCAAAUGGUCAAGCAGGUGAAGGAUGCGGGCGCAACUCUCGCCAUAUGCCAGUGGGGCUUCGAUGAUGAGGCUAAUCAUCUACUGCUGCAGCAGGAUUUGCCUGCAGUGCGUUGGGUUGGUGGUCCGGAGAUUGAACUGAUUGCAAUUGCCACCGGUGGUCGGAUUGUGCCUCGUUUCGAGGAGUUAACACCCGAGAAACUGGGCACAGCCGGCCUCGUCCGUGAGAUGGCCUUUGGCACGUCUAAGGAUAAAAUGCUGGUCAUCGAGGAGUGCAAAAACUCCAAGGCUGUCACAAUCUUUUUGCGCGGCGGCAAUGCCAUGAUCAUUGCGGAGGCCAAGCGUUCUAUCCACGAUGCCAUCUGUGUUGUGCGCUCCCUGGUGAAGGAUUCGCGUAUUGUUUAUGGUGGUGGUGCUGCCGAGAUCAGCUGCUCUCUGGCUGUGGCCAAGGAGGCCGAUCAGCUCUCCACGCUGGAACAGUAUGCAUUCCGUGCCUUUGCCGUCGCUCUGGAGAGCAUUCCCCUUGCGCUGGCGGAGAAUAGCGGUCUGCAUCCAAUUGAGACGCUGUCGGAGCUGAAGGCCAGCCAAGUGACGGAGAAGAAACCAAGCCUGGGCGUCGAUUGCAUGCUUACCGGCGAUUCGGACAUGAAGAGUCACAAUGUUGUCGAGUCGCUGCACUCGAAAAAGCAACAGAUUCUCUUAUCCACCCAGCUCGUCAAGAUGAUACUCAAGAUCGACGAUGUGCGCUCCAAGAAUCUUGGCAUGUAAAUCAUGGCACAGCCAAGCACACACACUUAUAUACCCAAACACAAACAUCAGCAACGCAUCCACAUCCACACACACACACGUGCAUAACUUUUCGCUCCUGCUCUGCGCUCCUUUCAUGCAUAUAUCUUAACAUAUUUGUGUAUCUCUGUAUUAACUGUUUACUUUUAUUAAUCAACACAAUUCUUUGGAAAAGAAACAAAAUCAACUGCAACAGUAACCAAGCGGAACAAUUGCGUUCAAAUAAAAUACAACUUACUAAAUACAA